AUGGCCACUAAUCGAACAGCUCACGUUAUUGUGCUUGGUGAUCUCUCACGAUCACCAAGAAUAUUAUCCCAAGCUCAGUUUUUGGCUCGUGAUGGUUGGGAUGUAACUAUAUCAGGAUACAAAACUGAAAUAAUAAACCCGUUGAAUUUUAAAUUGAAAGUCCUGGGUAUACCUAUGUGUCCGAAUUUCAAAGUUCUACAUUUCCCUUCGUUUAUGGUUUUUAUCCUCAAGUUUAUUUUUACGGCUGUAGCACUCUUCUGUCAUCUUAUUAGACACUGCCGUAGCCGUUUAAUUUUGGUUCAGAAUCCUCCUGCAGUACCAACUUUUUUGAUUUUAUGGUUAUUUAUCAAGAUUACGGGGAAGAAUUUAGUUAUUGACUGGCACAACUAUGGUUAUACUCUUGUGGAGCUAAAUGCGCCUAGAAGUUUAUUCACGCGGUUGUACUACAUAUUGGAAGUUGACUUUGCAAGUCGCUUUAUGUCCAGAAUGUCCGAUCGUGUUGCGAACAUUUGCGUAUCCAAAGCUUUAAAGUACGAUAUGGGAAUGAAAUCAAUAGAAGCAACUGUUUAUUAUGAUCGUCCUGCAGAAGAAUUCAAACCUACACCUGUAGAUGUUGCCCACCGUCUGUUCUUGAAACUCAGCGAUCAAUACUCAGCGUUUAGAAACAAACUAGAUUCAUGUCGAUUCACACGCUUUACUGAGAUAACUGCUCUACCGACUAAUACCAAGAACAAUGAGCCCCAUUGGCGCCCAGAUCGCCCAGCAUUGGUUGUUAGUAGUUGCAGCUGGACACCUGAUGAUGACUUCACGUUGGCAAUUAAAGCACUGGGAAUCUACGACAAGGCAGCUGAAAAACCAGAUUCAGGUUUACCCAGUAUUGUGUUUGCUGUAACAGGUCGUGGUCCAUUACAAAGCUACUAUGCAAAAUUAAUAAAAGAACAAAAGUGGAAACAUGUGGAAGUCAUUAUGUUGUGGCUUGAGUGGUCAGAUUAUCCCGUUUUUCUUGGAUGUGCUGACUUAGGACUUAGCAUACAUCGAAGUUCCUCGGGACUGGAUUUACCCAUGAAAGUAGUUGACUUACUUGGUGUGAACGUCCCUGUCCUGGCGCUAGGUUAUACAACACUCAGUGAAUUGAUGGAGGAUAAUAAAUAUGGCUUAUUUUUCGAAACUGGCGAACAAUUAGCUGAUCAAAUGUGCGACUUGUUGAAACCACCCCGUAAUUCUACAGUCCAAUAUACUUAUGAAGCUAGCCGUUUUUUAUCUGUUGGGUCAGAAAAAUUAAUUCAUUUUCGCGAAUGUUUAGCUGAAAGAAACAAACACCUGAUUAGAGGAUUUACCUACUGGAAAAAUACUGCAUUACCAGUGUACGAAAAAGCAGUUCAUACUAAUCCCUAUAAAAACAAAGAUAAUUAG